AUCACAUGACAGCACAGAUGUUAGUAAAGAGCAGCAAUCCCCGGAGCGGAUUCUUUCCUCUGAGAAACGCUUGGAAAGGAGAGGAAAAAGGAAAAAAAAAAAAAAAAGGGAAAGAAGUUGGCAGGGCUGUUGCUGGGCAACUCAACCUUUUUUCCUGCUCUUCCUGCUUUAGAUAAUAGAACACAAAUGAGGCCAAACUUCAGCAAGAUUGAGGGGGGGGGAAGCCGGGGGGGAACACCAACACAUGAAAUGCACGGAAACGGCACGCGAGGGAGGACGAGCAUGGAACAGGAAAUGGAACUUUGUGCCAACGAGGCUCACUUGACCCUCUUCUGGCUGCUUGAUCCAAUCUGGCUAAAGCAGCUAGAAGAUUGUUUUCCUUUGAUUUUUACUAUUAAAACUCAUUUUCACAGGUCACUAAAAGGCUGCUAACCUGAUACUAACAUGACCAAAAUAUGAUCUCAACUUUUAACGGGGCUAACAAAGUACCAAAAGUCGCUGAUGUUCAUCGCAGAUGCUACCCCAGGCCUAACACCCAAUGAUUCAGCUGGAGAAACCGCUGCUGACUGGGACCAUGCCGGUGGUCUGGCCCACCAUCCUUGACCUGGGCAGGGAUGAGUGCAAAAGGAUACUGCGCAAACUGGAGCUGGAAGCGUACGCCGGCGUCAUCAGCGCCCUGCGAGCUCAGGGAGACCUUACUAAGGACAAGAAGGAUCUGCUGGGAGAGCUCACCAAAAUCCUCGGCAUCUCAACCGAGCGCCACCGCGCCGAAGUGCGCCGCGCCGUCAACGACGAGCGCCUUUGCACCGUCGCGUACCACAUGGCGGGUCAGAACAGCUCGUCCGAAUGGUCCAUCGAGGGCCGCCGGCUGGUGCCGCUGAUGCCCCGGCUGGUCCCGCAGACGGCCUUCACCGCCACGGCCAACGCGGUCGCCAGCGCCGCCGCCACUCACAACGCCUCCAUGCUGUUGCCGGCUGAGACGGGGAACAAGGAAGUGGUCGUGUGUUACUCCUACACGAGCACGACGGGCACCUCCAGCAGCUCCACGGCAUCCAGCGGCGCCACGGGAACGGCCACCAAGUCCCCGCGGCCGCCCAGCCCGUCGUCCAGCGUGGUGGUGCUGCCCAGCGGAAGCACCGUCUACGUCAAAAGCGUGAGCUGCUCCGAUGAGGACGAGAAGCCGCGCAAGCGACGUCGCACCAACUCGUCCAGCUCGUCGCCGGUGCUGCUGAAGGAGGUGGCCAAGGUGUCGUCGCCCGUGGCCAAGCACGUGGCGGCGGCGCCGGUGGUGAGCGGCAGCCCCAAGAUGAGCAACAUCAUGCAGAGCAUCGCCAACUCGCUGCCGCCGCACCUGUCGCCCGUCAAGAUCACCUUCACCAAGCCCACCAUUCAGACCACCAGCAGCACCACGCAAAAGGUGAUCAUCGUGACGACGUCGCCCAGCUCCAACUUUGUGCCCAACAUCCUGUCCAAGUCCCACAACAACGCCGGCGUGUCCAAGUUGGCCUCCAGCUCCAUCCUGACCACGCCCACCCACAAGCAGACGGUGGUCUUCCCGGCGGCCACUUCCAGCCCCUCGGCCGCGCCGGCCGUCACCGCCGUGGUCUCCUCGUCGCCCUCGGCUGUCAUGUCCACCGUGUCCUCGUGCGCCGCCUCGGCCGGCGUGAAGGUGGCCUCGGCCAGGCUGCCCUCCCCGAAGACCCUGGUGGGCUCCCCCGCGCAGAUCCUGGGCCAGUUCCCCAAGCAACAGUCGCCCAAGCAGCUGCAGGCGUCGGCCAUGGGGGCUUCCGGCGUGGGCCAGGCCGCCGCCGCCUCGCCGGGCCCCAAGCCCACUAUCCAGAUCAAGCAAGAGUCUGGGGUGAAGAUCAUCACUCAGCAGGUCCAGCCCAGCAAAAUCCUGCCCAAGCCGUCGUCAGGGGGUCUGUCCAGCAGCAGCAGCAGCAGCAGCAGCUCCUCCCCCAUCAUGGUGGUCAGCAGCAACGGAGCCAUCAUGACCACCAAGUUGGUCACUCAGCCCACAGCCACCCAGGCCACCUACACGCGGCCCGCCGUCACGCCCAACCUCGGCGCCCGCAUCUCGGCCUCGGCCGGCGCCGCCACCUACGUCAAGACCACGAGCGGCAGCAUCAUCACGGUGGUGCCCAAGUCCUUGGCCACGCUGGGCGGGAAGAUCAUCAGCAGCAACAUGGUGUCAGGCACCACCACAAAGAUCACCACCAUCCCCAUGUCGUCCAAACCCAACGUGAUCGUGGUCCAGAAAACCAGCGGCAAAGGCGCCACCAUCCAAGGGCUGCCCGGCAAGAACGUGGUCACCACGCUGUUGAACGCGGGGGGAGAGAAGAGCCUGCAGGCCGUCCCGGGGACCAAACCGGCCAUCAUCACUGCCGGCAGGCCCAUCACCAAGAUGAUCGUCACGCAGCCCAAAGGCCUGAGCGCCGGCGCCGCGUCCGCCGCCACCACCAAGAUCAUCCCCACCAAGAUCGUCUACGGCCAGCAGGGC